GAGUAGUCUGUUACUAGAGUAAAGGGCGAGUACUCAUCGUACUGUGUCGACUCGAGGAUCAUUUAAUGUUGCACUUAUAGAUAACUUUACAUUAACUGUGUCCGCUCAGCUGCUUCCAGCACAGAUCAAACAUACAGCUCAGCAUGUUGCAGAAUACAGGGAAGUUGGCAGGAUGUACCCUGUUCAUCACCGGGGCGAGUCGAGGUAUUGGCAAGGCCAUUGCUCUAAAAGCUGCGAGGGAUGGUGCAAAUGUGGUCAUCGCUGCUAAAACCGCAGAUCCCCAUCCUAAACUGCCCGGAACCAUCUACACAGCCGCUGCAGAAAUUGAAGCCGCGGGAGGGAAAGCGCUGCCGUGCAUUGUAGAUGUUCGGGAUGAGAAGCAGAUAAGUGAUGCCGUGGAGCAGGCGGUGCAGAAAUUCGGAGGAAUUGACAUUCUGGUAAACAACGCCAGUGCCAUCAAUUUAACAGGAACUGUGGAAACAUCAAUGAAGAAAGUAGACCUGAUGUUAGGCGUUAAUCUCAGGGGAACAUACCUGACAUCUAAAUUAUGCAUCCCACAUCUUUUGAAGAGCAAGAACCCUCAUAUUCUUAACCUUAGUCCACCUCUCAACCUCAAUCCCAUGUGGUUCAAAAAUCACACAGCUUACACAAUGGCAAAGUAUGGCAUGUCCAUGUGUGUGCUCGGAAUGGCCCAGGAGUUCAAAGGAUCCAUUGCCGUCAACGCCUUAUGGCCCAGGACAGCCAUCCAGACUGCUGCCAUGGACAUGUUGGGUGGCUCAGAAGUGGGUAAACAAUGCAGGAAAGUGGAGAUCAUGGCUGAUGCUGCCUACACCAUCUUCAACAAACCCACCAGCUUCACGGGACAGUUCCUCAUUGAUGACGACAUUCUCAAAAAGGAGGGCAUCAAAGAUUUUGAUGUUUAUGCGGUUGAACCAGGUCAUCCAUUGCUUCCUGACUUUUUCUUGGAUGAGCAGCCAGAGGAGCUAGUCAAGAAAAUGGAGGAAUAUGGUGCGACUCCAGUUUUCAAGAGUGGAAAAUCGAGUGCUGAUUCAGCUGCUGCCGGACCUAUUGCUGACACAUUCAACAUACUCAAAGGAGUUCUGAAUCCAGAUUUAGUCAAAACUACACAAGGAGUGUACAAAUUUGAGUUAUCAGGUGAACAUGCCGGAGUCUGGUACAUUGAUCUGAAGAAUGAUGCGGGGUGUGCUGGCAGCGGGGAACCACCUGUCAAAGCUGAUGUUGUCAUGACUAUGGACAGCGCAGACUUCACCAAGAUGUUUGCAGGGAAACUAAAGCCGACCAUGGCCUUCAUGUCUGGAAAGCUGAAGAUUAAGGGCGACAUGGGUCUGGCCAUCAAAAUGGAAAAGAUGAUGGCUAUGAUGAAGUCUAAGCUGUGAUAUGAUCACAUCCAUCUCAUGCCUUACGUCAUGUACAAGAUCUUUCAGUGUCAUUUUUCUAUUUCACUGUUAUCGCUGAACAAUUUGUCAAGCUGCUAGUAAUUUUAAUAAAGGGGUUUCCUUUGA